AUGGACUCCGACUCUUGCGGCUCCCCGUUCACCCCGGAGGAUUUCUCUCCAGCCUCCCGGCGACACCGGACCGUGGAAGACUUCAACAAGUUCUGCACCUUCGUCCUGGCCUACGCCGGCUACAUCCCGUACCCACAAGAGGAAACGCCGCUGAGGAACAGCCCCAGCCCCCCCAGCAGCACCGGGGGCACCAUCGACAGCGACAGCUGGGAUCCCCGCUUCAACGACACCCCCUCUUCCGUGUCCCUGCCCGCCAAGAACAGAAAGAACUUCAGCCAGCUGAAGCGAGCAAAGCCGUACGGCUCCCUCUUCCAGCGGGCGAAGCCCAGCAGCUUCCUGCCCGAGCGAAAGCAGAUUGAUAAGAUCAGGAAGAAGAAGAAGCUGAAGAAGAGGGAAGCAGACGUGUCUGCAGAGGAGGAUUAUGAGGAGAAGCUGCUGGAGCUGGAAGCAGAGGACUCCUACGUAGAGACGCCAAUGAGCCCCUCGUCCGAGGGCGACCCUCAGUCUGCGGCCGAGCACUGCUCAGUGUGGGACUCAGACACUCCCUCCAGCGUCUCCUACCCUGCCGUGGUGGCAGAGAAGGCUGUGGAGAUCCAGAGCGUGGGCAAGCGAACGGUCAUCCGGCAGGGCAAGCAGGUGGUCUUCCGGGAUGAGGAUGGCACCGGCGAUGAUGAGGACAUCAUGGUGGAUUCAGAUGAUGACUCCUGGGACCUGGUCACCUGCUUCUGCAUGAAGCCCUUUGCGGGGCGGCCGAUGAUUGAGUGCAGCGAAUGCCACACCUGGAUCCACCUCUCCUGCGCCAAGAUCCGCAAGUCCAACGUCCCAGAGGUCUACGUCUGCCAGAAGUGCCGAGACUCCAAGUUUGACAUCCGCCGCUCCAACCGCUCCCGGAUGGGCUCACGCCGGCGCUUCCUGGACUAG